CCCUCCGACCAACAGCAGCAGUCUCAACAGCCCACUUGGCCAACCUACGCUCUCUCACAGCCCUCCUCAAACUCUCCUCCCGCCCUAUCAACUUCAAACACUGCCGCCACCACCGCGGCCACUGGUGUAGGGGGAGCACCACCGGGCGUCGCUGGUGCAGCCCAGGAUGAUCCGUACGCCCCGUACGGCGGGUAUCAGGCCUACUGCACGAUGUAUUACGCUGUGAUGAUGCAACAACAACAGCAGCAAUCGCAGGGUGGUGCUGCCCCAGGCACUUAGCCACAACGCCAUCAACAACCAAAAAGGAAAUUUUUUAGUGCUAGACUAUGUGAUUUCUGGGCGAUUUUUCUACCCGUCGUGAUGGUGAUUGAUUGAUUUGUGUGGAAUCUUUUCUUUUCUUCUCUUGCUUUCUUUUUUUGUUCUUUUUUUACCAUUCUUUUUCUUUUGUUCUUUUUUUUUUUUUUUUUUUAUCCUUUCCCAAGCCUGGGGUGGAGGAGUCCCGAGAGUGAGCGAGUGAGCUGACGUGACGUGACGUACCUCUUCGUGAUUGAAUCGUGACUAUUUGACUGCUAUGGUAUUUAUGAUACGAUGCGCUAUCAGUGAUUCCUGUCUAUCUGUCGCGAGUCCCUGCGGAUUUCCCACCUCUGGCGAGAGGAAGAGAGAGAGAGAGAAAGAGAGAGGAGAAAGGAAAGCGCCAUGAUUGUAUGCAUGGAUGGUAUCGAACAAGAGGGGCGGGUGGACCAGCUGCUUCCCUAUAAGAUGGGCUAGUCUUUCUCCCGCCCUACUACGUUCCAUUCUAUUGGAAAUCAUUCACCAGAAAUCAUUCACCGAAGGCGGGGCGGUAUUCAGUUUACGAGGGCGGCUUUUUGCUUUUUGCUUUUCGCUGUUUUUAUUUCUUUCCUUCUUAUGUUCUUACCUUGUUCCAUUCCACCUCGUUCCCUCUUGCUUGCUCGCUGUUUAUGUCUGCUGGGUUGCCUACCUACCCACCGUACUCCUGCCUUCCCAUAUAUACAUACAUGCAUACGCAUUCGGUCGGUCGGUCGGUCGGUCGGUCGGAUGGAUGGACGGAGGAUGAGGGGACUAAUUUCAACCGAUCGGAUCGAGUGAAUGUUCGUGACGGCGUAUCGUAUCGUAUUGUAGCGCAGCCUUUUGAUUUGACUAGAUCUGACGGUUGAUUGCCUUGUAUCGUCCGUGGUGAAUCGGCCUGUAUACUUGGUGAGUACUAGUACAGCAGCAGAUGUGAUGGAUGGGUGCACCGCCGUAACAUACCGCACCCAGACAUACAGUAACUUCUCGUCACGAUGGCAUUCUGAUAUCCAAGUACCCGUAUUGCAGGGUCCAGCGUUUCAUCUUUGCCCCCCUUCUUUACCUUCCGCACCGCCACCCCCCGUCAACAUAGCAAAAGCAAUCCGAAACGUGCCGUUUGUUUUGAAAGGCAAAAAAUUAAACACAAGUACGAUACAGUAAUCUUAACGAGCACUAGCCUUACAAAACUCUUUCCCUGGAAUUACCGCCGCUCAAUCACUACACAUGAGCUCGUACGAUGGAUAGAUGGCGUCGCCAUGUCGGGAAAAAACAUUGCACUAUACUAUACCAGUACCGCACAGUACUCGACAAUGGAGAAAAGGAAAAAGAAAAAUAAUAAUCUUACGGUGCGAGAGAAGGUACGGUACCGGUACGACGCCUUACCGUAUCCUAUCAAGAAACAUGCCGGGAGAAGUGGUGGAAGGCGGGACGGACGGGGUGUUGGAUUUAGUUGACCGGAGGGUAUUUUAUCAUAGUUUAGUUAAGUUAGUUAGUUACGAGCGAUACUCGAGUUAUGGGUAUGCCUUUAUACAUCCUUAUGGCUAACUUAACUUAUAACCUAACUGGCGGGCAGCAUUUCCGGUAUGGUACGGUACUCUCAAUAAUUUCUCUAGAUUAUACUGUACCGUACUAUCUAUAACUCGGUAUUAUAGCGGUAGCAGUAAUCAAAUGUUGAAGGAAAAAAUAAUAAUUAUAAUAAUAACAAGCUUGAAGUUAUCCAAGUCCGCAAGUAAUACAGUACAGUACAGUACAAUGCCUUUUAUUUUUUGUUUUUUUUACUCCUCCAUAUACAGUACCAUAAUUUGAUAAACCCCAUCACGUAUCCCACGAUAUAACCUAUAGCGGUAGAAACUUGAAAGUACUGUACCUGCGAUCAACUUUCCUUCACCGUAUCUGUGCGCAGGAACUGGCGCCGGGGCCGAUUUAACGAUGGGUUCUAUUGUACCAUACUGAACGAAAGUCCUGUUUAUUACAUCUGGUCACUAUUGGUUUUCUCACGUCGGUGCAUAACACUCCCCUCCCCUCCCUCCCCUCAUUUCCUUUCCUCUCCCGUAAUUAUAGUAUAAUAGAGCGCAGUGCCGGCACUGUACUGUACUAUACCAUAUCCAUACCCAAGUUCUAUAACUCAAACGAGUGAGUGGGUGGAUUUUAUCGAGCUAGAGGUAGAUUGAUGGUCUACAGGGCCUAAUCACUUUUCUUGUUAUCUGUUGUGAUAGAGUAUGAUAUAGUAAGUCAGUUAUGAUACCAAAAAACUCCCUUAGGCAGUGGGACUGACUAUCUGCAAGUUCCGUCUGUCCGUCCGUCCGUCCGUCCGUCCGUCAGUCAGUCAGUCAGUCAGUUAGGCGUUGAUAUAACAGGUACAUACUUAUUGGACGGUAAUAUAAUACCACCAAAGUUCAUCGCAUGCCAUCUAUCCAUCUUAUCCAUCCAUCUAUAUAUCUAUCUAUCUACAGCACUGUACUGUACCGUAUGUAUACCACCGCCAAGCAUAUCCACCAUCCCACCCAUCAAAUAACAAGACCAGACCUGGUGACGGACUAUAUGGACCGCUACUUACACUGUGUUUCGAGGAGCCUGCCGUAUUAACAGUAAGUAGUAGUGCUUUAUCGUGGCACAGUACCUUUUUCGGGGGGUUUUUUCUUCUCCUUCCCUUCUCAUCUCGUUCCUGGACUUGGGAUAUCGUUACUUUUGGGCGUUGUGCUGUUGUCAUUCAGCCACACCCACCGUGAGGGAGGGAGGGAAGGGAGAGUGGUAUUAUCAAUCGUUUUUGUGUAAAGCCAUGUCAAACAUUUUGAACCAUGUAUGGCCUGGUUUAUUUACGUAGGAGGGAAGAGGCACAGUACAUAGUUUUCUUUCCCUUUUUUUUUUUGGCUAUGCACAAGUAUAAUAUGGAGGCCAACAAGUCCACGAUAACGACUAUAUUUGUAGAAUCCUGGUAUUAUGAUAAUAUUAUCGUAGCAAGACAGGUAACGACCCUCAACAGUAGCAUCAAACAAUACAUAAAGUGUAAAGAAAAAGAAAAAAAUGGAAAAAAUGAAAACAUAUCAUACCAAAAGUACCGGUAAGUUAAUAACCCACCAUCCCUGUCGCAGGCUCAACUUGGGAGGUUUUUUUUCUUUUCUUGAAUCUCGUCGAUGCAUGUUAGAUUUAAGAAAAGAAAACCUUGGUUAUCUGUGAUAUCGCCGUGACUUGUGUGUGCACUGCGGUAUGCCUCCGGGUAGCCUAUCGCAACUCCCCGGUAUUUACUUGCUGUCAUAACUGGGGGAUGGUCUUUUUGGGCUUUUUGAGGAACCCCGUGGGGAGUGGAUUACAGCGUGGUACUGUGCUAGUACGGCGCGUACGGUGCCAUGAUAUAUCUCAAUUUACCCGCCCGUCUCCGCCGGUACCACCCGUGCCGACCGGUACUGUACGAGUAUGGUACUGUCUGUACCUGCAUCUCAGCCGCAGGUUUCCGUACCGUAACUUACCGUCCCCUACCAUACUUGCUGUCUGUACUCGAGUACUCGUACAGCGAGUACGGUACAGUACAAAUACUGUGCUGCAUCGCCGCCUAGACUACCGUACUGUGCGGAAGAGCAAGGUGUGCGACACAACGGUCCUUGUAGAAAAAAUGACGGUACGGUGUACAGUACAGUACUUGUACAGCACAGCACGUAUUCUUACUCCCUUCCAUCCUUCCCAAAGGCGUUUGUGGAUCCACGUUCCCACAUUCGUCCUCUUCGCUCUCGCCUGCCACCACUGCGGUACGGUGCGAGUACUCGCCUGUGGCUUUUCUGCCCCGACUGACUGACAGGGUUGGGGUUUUGUGAUGGAACCGGUCGGGCAAUUGGUGAGUCGGCGUGUUGUGCGGUGGCAUAAUUGGUUGCCACGAGGACACCACGGAAAGUGCGCUUUUUGCGCGCUGCAUAUUGGAAAUGCUUGUUUUGACAUGUUGGGAUUGGGCCAUGGGUGGCAUGUCACGGGUUGGGCCUUACCGGCACAAAUACAUAGCAUGGAGGGGAGGCACGAGUGGGCGGAAAACCGGUACUGGUGUAACAAAAUGGAGAUAAGGGACUGUGCUUUUUCUUCUUCCAUAUAUUCCAUAUAUUAAUUCUCAUAAUCUAGGUCUAUGGUUUGCCUAAGAAGUUUCCUUCUUUCCUUCUUACUUUCGUUGUUGGAUAUUAGAACAGAGGGGGGGAAAACCCUAUCCAUGCUUUAAAACUGGUUAGCCAACCUCUCCAUGGCAAAAUGUCUGCAAAUAUAAAAAAAAAGCCGAUAAGGGUCCAAAUCAGACUUCCAAGAAAGGUCUUGCAGCGGUCACGUUAUGCACACUGUAGAAUUGGGUUCUGGCGUGUGCUACCGAGGAAACUGCGAAUGUAGGAAUUUUUUUCAUCAUGAAAGGAGGGGCAAACAAAGAGGCAGUGUGGGGGGAGGUAGCAAACCAUUGAGAGAGAGAGAUGGAGGUUUCAUCGAGCAUAUCGACUAAUUGCUGUGACAAUUUGGGGAACAACCUGCGAGCAGAGUGAUGAGUGUUAGCUAGGUUGACCUGAUGAGAUGGUUUUGGAUAAUUGCAGAACAAUUCUCUUCGAGAUCAGACAGAAUAGUACUGGCAAGUAGCAAGCAUUCUCUCUCUCCCCGAAGGAAUCGAGAAAUGCCCGAACUGCAAUCCGACUUCAAUCAUGGUCGAUUAUGAUUUGGAAAGAAGUUGCAGAAGUGAUCAUCAUUUCGAAGAGCGGGGAGGGAAUCGUUGACAUCGAGAAAGGGGAAAGGAAUUCUCUCUCACCCAUUGGCAGAAAUUGUCCGGCGGCCGGUCGUACAGUAUGAAUCAGUGCCAAAGACGAGCAGUCAGUGCGGAGUGUGUGCGUGCAUCGUGCUUUGCUGCGAGAUGAGUGGAGUGUGUGAUGGGGAGAGGGUUGUCAGAGGGCCAAAUUUAUACCCCUUCACUGGGAGGAAGAGAAUUCGCCGACGGAAAACAAAGGCUUGGCAUUGCACCGCAUUUGGUGCAUUAAGGGCAAAAGGGCUGGGUAAUGGGGAAAAAGGAGGCAAAUUAGGUGACAUUUCAGAGGAAAAGCCCCCUUCUUCCCCUCAGAGAAAAAAAGCUAAGAGGAUGGGAGAGAAAGGGAAGGGAGGGAAGAAAAAACAGUGAAAAAGAGAGACCACCCCCCCUUCGAAGGCGAAGGAAGAGAGAGAAAAGAAGGGAAGAAAAAACCAUCUUGACCCGUCCGCCCUUUUUUUCUGUUCAUCCGUUGCCCAUCCUGUCUGCCCGUUCAUUGUGCGCGUCGCUGUGAUCGCACUCAAUCCAUCAUCAUCAAUCAUCACUUAUCGGUAGACCUUUCGUCGCUAACCGCUUUUCUUCCUGCGAAGACAAAAGGAGAGGAAAAGAGGGAAAAAGGAGAGAAUAGCCCCAAGAUCUGUCGGCGUUUUAUUCCGGGUUCUCUCCCAGAAGCUUUUUUUUUUUCUUUUCUUUUCCCCUCUCUCUUUGCAAUAUUAUAUUAUCUACCGGUGUUCAUAGAAAGGAUUUCUCUUUCUUGAAGCCCUAUUCGCGUCGUCUGCGAAGCCUCUACCUAUACGGUGCCGUUAUAAAGCUCUAUUAGGGUAACAUAUCAGAUUGCACGGCCUGACUUCUCCCCCCCGCGGCUCUUGGGAAUUCCCUUGUCCCUUCUGCUAUCUGGGAAGAGGGGAGAGCUAGAGAAUAGGUGGCGAGUGAGCGAGAGGGAGAACACGAGGUUAUCGGUACCAAGAACGAAGGGGAGGAAAGGAAAAGAACAAAACGAAGCGAAGCCGGCAAGGCGGUCAUGAGAUCUCGGACUCUCCUGCUUUUAUAGCUGUCUUCCAUCUUCCAUCCAUUUUUCGGGCUUUUUUAUUUUCCAUUAUUUUUUAUCUUUUCACCCGAAUACACUGCUUCGUGCGGUAUUCUUGCUAUAUCAGCGGCGAGUUUCCCUUCUUCCGUACCCCAACCUCUCACCCACUCUCUACCCGCUCCCACUCGUUACUACUGUGCCCACCACCUUCUCUCCCACAUUACCCCCAGUCCCGCCCUAUUUCCCUAAACUCCACACAUUUCCGGCUCGCCAGCCACUUCCCCUCCUCCUGAUCCUCUGGCCGUGUACGUGUUGCUACCGCCUGCCGGUAUCGGUCUCCCUCUGUCCCGUGGCCCGGAAACGCCCAGCCUCCGUAGAUUCUUCGGAGUCGUUACUCGGUGCAUCGCGCGCGACGGAGCCAACCUUUCACCCCGGCGAGCCUCAACAACCCUAAACCCCUCUCCUGUUCUGCACACUGCAGAACAUAACACCAUCGUCUCCCACAGCAACUCACUUCUUCCCUACUGACUGGCUCAACUGCCCCAUCCUUCAAACGGAAAAAUCACAUUCUUCCGGUAUCGCCACAAUUAACGCAACCUGAUCCUCGACCUCCUCCCCCUCAUCACCUCUCCUGAUAGUUUGCAACUAUUCCAUCGGUCAUCGCUUCCUUUGCCCUCCCCCCCCUCUCAGCACUGGGCUCGCCGCUUCGGACGGGUUCCGGGUCAAACCGAAAUUUCUGGAACGUCAUCUGCUCUCUAGCGGCUCGGCCAUUUAAUACUGCGGCGCGACCUUCUUCCCCCCGAUCCGACCGCCUUGCGGUAGCUUCGCAUAACCUAUUUUCCCUCCAUCCCACGCUUUCCUCCACCCAGCCAACGGGGCUCAUACACCUUUCUCCACCACGAUGGCCACCACCGCAUAUUCACAUCCUAACCAAUUGCAGCAACACCCAGGUGUCCAGCAAGGCCCUCAACAGCAUAUUCAAGGGCACCCAGGACAGCCCGCUCACGCCGCGAUGCAGCAUUUACAUCCUCAACAGGCCCAAGCCCAAGCGGCUCAAGCCGCUGCUUACCAGCAGCACAUGUGUCAGUGGUCCUUCAAAUCCCAUGUUUUCCUGCAUCCUUCUCAAUUGGCGCGUGCUGGCCGUCGCGAUUGUACCCCGCAAUCGUGGUAUGGCCUACGGGGAGCUUGAUAGUUGAUGACGAUUCUAACUUGGUUGUGUAUAUAGUAGGGAUGCACCCACAGAUGGCCCACCUACAGCAACAGCUAGUCCGGCGGCAGCAGCAGCAGCAGCAGCAGGCACAGAUGAUGAAUGGAAUAGGAGCCCCCGGGGGCAUGGUCUUUCAGGGCAAUGGAAACUCUCAAAUCCGGGCCGUGCCAAACGGGAUGUAUCAGGGUGGGCCUGGAGGAAUUCCUGGUGCUAAUAUGGGGGGCUACGGAGCUGGAAAUCCUCACAUGAGAGGAAAUCUUCUGCCUCAUGUACAACAGCAAUUACAUGCCCAGCAACAGCAGCAGCAACAGCAGCAGCAGCAGCACAUGGCGGUCGCUGCACAGCAAAUCGCGUUGAGUCAAGCAAAUGCGGCAAAUGCUCAAACGCCCAUGGCGAUGCCUCCCCAGCCGCCGAUGCCCAUGCAAGCAGCUCAGCAGGCGGCGCUAGCAGCAGCUCAAGCUCGCCAAACACCGUAGCUCCACCUCUCUAGUUUCGACAUUCUGCUCUCAGGCUAAUUCGCUACUUUGAUUAGGAAAACAUUACUUGGACACUCGGUCCUUGGACUGUACCGGUUUUCCGGGCACCUUUCGGCAUUUGAUGCUAGCAAAGAACCAAACGAUAUAAAUCACUGGCGGAGGUUUGUAUCAGAAUUCUACUCACAAAACGGAGUUAUGCGACAACUUUUGUGGCACAACAAAAAACGGGAAACCAAGCAAUUUGAAGUAACCACCCAAGUACUGGCGAGGUAUUACUUUAUUCUAUUCGGAUCGGGUGUCCAAAAUAUCCAGAUUGUGUUGGAAAACGUCCGGGAAAAGGAGCUUUCCAACCAGAGUCAUAUCGUGGAGUGCCCGAAAACAAGUUUCAUAUAUUGGUUUAAAAACGGAUUUCAUGUUAGUUUUCAUUCCACCCCUCGAUAACCUCGGCUGCUAUCUCAACCCUCUAACCAUUACCGACAGUUGGUUGCUCGCGGAGCCUUGCGGGCGACAUUCAAUGUGGCUUCUAAAAUGGAGGAAUUAGACUUCCGGGUUGAGGAGCACUCGGAGUAUGUCCCUCGGAAUUUUGGUCAAGAUUCACCGGACAUUAUGAAAUCCUCCCCCGGUAGCAAAUCGCUAGGCAAACGUCCAUCACAACAGGGACACGCGCCAGAAAACAUUGUGAACCAUUAUGGCGUACCCGCCGCAGUGCUUCAGUGCUUAGAGGUUUACAUCACCCCGCUUUCUGCUUGGAACUCUUGGGCUGAUUAGUGUGAUGAAAGAUAUCGGAAACAAUAUCGCAAAUGCGAGACUUGUUCAGUUUCUCGCAGGUGAACCCUGCUCUUACUCCGCGACAAGUCCUGCAAACCUUUGUCACCCAGCAACAGCAGCAGCACCUGGCGAACCAGCAUGCUCAACAGCAGCAGCAGCAGCAGCAGCAGCAGGCAGCGGUAAUAGCGGCAACAGCACAAGGAUUACAGGUGCCGCAGGGUCAUGCUGGCGGCCCGGGUAUGCUUCAACAUCCUGGGCAGCACCAGGGCAUGCAGGGUGGUGUACCGGUCGGGAUGAGCUCGCCCUCGGCGGAUGGAAUGAGGAUGGGUGUUCCUCCAUCACCACAUAUGGGAGGCGGUGGAGGACCAGGGACAACGCCUAGUCCUGCCCAAAAUCAUAUUCAGGCGCCUGGGUUAGUACAACAACAUUCGCAACAAGCCCACCCGACGAGCAACCCCAGUUCGCAAACAAUUACCACCGCUGCGGGUACAUCGCCCAAUACUAACAAACGGCGAAGGCCUAGUGCGAGCAACGUGAAAAACGAAGGAGAUGACGAAAAUGGAGUCAAUGGGGCUCAGAACAACAAGAUCAAGCAAAGCCCAAGAGUAGGAGGAAACAAGCGGGUAAAGGCGAACAACGCUACAUGAACUCUAGUGAGGACCGUUCUGCCUUUUCUUCACCUAUUGCAGCCUUUGCUCCACCUUAUGAUCAUAGCCUUGUAUGAGAUCCAUGAUCCUUGUUUAUUUUGUGUAUUUUUUUUAUAUUCGUGGUUCUACACGUACUAUUCCGGCCAUUUCCGGUCUUGGUCUUGGUCUGGAUACGAUUAUUUUAUCCUUUUUCUCUCGAGGAGAGGUCAUUGGGUUAUGGGCGGAAAGAUCAUGUCGAAUCAUCUGUCCGGGAUUUGGGGCACAAAGGUUUAACUGCUAGUGUACGGAAAAAGCUUCUGAGACGGAUUUGGGCGAAGAGCAAGCUUCCUAAUUCUCCUUUUAUUAACGCAAACUUGUGGCUCUCGGUUUUUAUACCUAAUAACUAUCUCUCCUAACUACAUCUUACUCGGUUUUCUUGAACAUUGUUUCUCUUAUUUUUUAUUCUUUCUUGAGUCUUCCUUCUUAUUCACCUUUUCCUUUCCAAUGGUUACUUCCUGCGGUUUUUUUGUUUCUCUUCGAUUUUCCUUCCUAAAUUUCAAACCCACCAAUUUUUUCUCCCUCUUCUGUCAACAUUUCCUAUGUACUUUCGGGCUCUUGGAUCAAGCGGGGCGUUUUCAUUUGCCUGUUAUGAUAAGUGUUUUUGUGAUGCGCAGUUGCGUUUAUUCAAAUACUCACAAUUACUUGCACAAAAAAAUGCUCUAUUGCUUCUCCUUUUCUCUCAAGGUCGGGAUUGAUGUGGGAGCAGAAGUGGAAGUGUUGCUCUAGGCUGGGGGAUUUCGGAAUCCCCAAUUCCGGUGAGGGCAUGGGAUUUUUAAAAGGUGCCUUUUUUUUUUGUUCGUUCGUUCGUUCUACGGAGGCGGGUGGGUGGUGGUGCAGGAUCAACGAGCUAAAGGAAUUGAUGUUUGAGCUCAUGACGUUUAAAUAUUUCAUAGGUUUCUUUUACCAGUUACUCUUAUUGUAGGAGUUAAGGGGCGGCUGAACUCGUGUGGUUUUUCCAAUAUAAUGGUUGUUGUUUUGUUGUCUCUAAUCCCAAUGUAUUAUAAUAUUAUGCUCUUUAACCU